GCGCCUUAAUCUUAUCAGUGGCAUUAAUCUAAUCUGAGCAUAAAAGCUGGGCUAUUCGAUCCGCGCCUUCUGUGUCAAGAACAGUUAGUUGUGGAAGCCGCAAUAUAACGGAGCGUGCCAAUUCUCUCUGCAAGUCUUAAGCCCAACAUUUUGUGAAUUCAUCAUGACAUCAACUCUGCUGCCUGGUAAUAUUGUUUACGGCGGGCCCAUACCCGUGCGGGUGGCGCAGGAUUAUCGCUCCUUGGGACAGUUUAUUAUUGACAAAUACAAGAGCUUUGGCGACCAAACUGUGAUGAUUGACGCUGUGACUGGCACGGAAUAUAGUGCCAAGUUUAUGUACGAAUCGAUAGUGCGAUUGGCCCAAAUACUCCAGAAACUGGGCGUCAAGCAGAACGAUGUCAUCGGGCUGUCCAGCGAGAACAGCGUUGGCUUUGCCGUAGCCAUGUUUGCCGGAUUCGCAGUGGGCGCAACCGUGGCGCCCUUAAAUGUCACCUACUCCGAACGUGAGGUGGAUCAUGCCAUAAAUCUGUCGCGUCCAAAGGUCAUAUUCGCCUCGAAGAUCACCGUUGACCGUGUUGCCAAGGUGGCCAAAAAGAACAAGUUUGUCAAGGCCAUUAUUGCGCUCAGCGGCUCCUCCAGCAAUCAUCCAAAUGUGCAUUCCUUCUUGGAUUUGAUGAACAACGACAAGUUCAAAACAAAACCCGACUUUACAUCGCCGGUGGCCAACAAAACUGAGGAUGUUGCCCUAAUUGUAUGCUCCUCGGGCACCACGGGCCUGCCCAAGGGUGUCCAGUUGACACAGUUCAAUCUGUUGGCUACGAUCGAUUCGCAAAUCCAGCCCACCAUGAUGCCGCUCUCCGAGAUUACGCUGCUGACGGUCAUUCCCUGGUUCCAUGCCUUUGGCUGCCUCACGCUCAUCACAACGGCCACGAUGGGCACGCGUCUCGUCUAUUUGCCCAAAUUCGAAGAGAAUCUGUUUCUCUCCGCCAUUGAGAAAUACCGCGUUAUGAUGGCCUUCAUGGUGCCGCCACUUAUGGUCUUCCUGGCCAAGCAUCCGAUUGUGGACAAGUAUGAUCUGUCCUCGCUGAUGGUCUUGCUUUGCGGUGCUGCACCACUCAGCCGUGAGACCGAAGAUCAAAUAAAGGAGCGAAUCGGUGUACCCUUCAUUCGCCAGGGCUACGGCCUCAGCGAGUCGACGCUCAGUGUUCUGGUGCAGACGGAUGACUUUUGCAAGCCGGGCAGCGUUGGCGUGCUGAAGGUUGGAAUCUAUGCCAAGGUCAUUGAUCCCGAUACGGGCAAACAUCUGGGACCGAACGAACGGGGCGAGCUAUGUUUCAAAGGCGAUGGCAUCAUGAAGGGCUACAUUGGCGAUACCAAAUCAACACAGACUGCCAUUAAGGACGGCUGGUUACACACCGGAGAUAUUGGCUACUAUGACGAUUCAUUCGAGUUCUUCAUUGUGGAUCGCAUCAAGGAGCUCAUUAAAUACAAGGGCUUCCAGGUGCCACCGGCCGAAAUCGAGGCACUCUUGCUAACCAACGAUAAGAUCAAAGAUGCUGCUGUUAUUGGCAAACCCGAUGAGGCGGCUGGCGAGCUGCCCAUGGCAUUUGUGGUCAAGCAGGCGAAUGUCCAGCUCACCGAGGAGGAUGUGAUAACUUAUGUGCACGAACGCGCCUCGCCGGCCAAACGCCUGCGCGGCGGCGUACUCUUCGUGGACGAGAUACCUAAAAAUCCCAGCGGCAAAAUAUUGCGUCGUGUCCUGCGCGACAUGCUCAAGAAGCCAAAAUCGAAAUUGUAAACCAUGUCCAUCAGCCAUAUAUAUGCUAUAAAGCCCAGUGAACCGUUAAAACGCGACUAAGAGAAUAAUAUUGUACAAAGAAAAA